AUGGCCCGCUCAUACCUGUCGCUCUUUGUCACAAACUUGAGGCUUCUGGACCUACAUCAUUUGUCUGAUUGGCCCGAUAUCACAGAAGCUUCAUUCGCUACAUCUUCAAAGGAUCAUCAAAACCAGAAGCAACGCAUCAGACAAGCAGAAUGGGCCUUGUAUCGUUUGUUCGAGACUUGGGAUCCUUCCGAGACUCGCAGUAAACUCCAGCCAUUCUUCCCUCCUUUCGAACCCCUCCAAUCGAUCAACCUCCGAGCUGCUUUGUUCCGAUGCCUGAACGAUUUGAAGAAAAAUGGAGUUCUGGGUCGAGAAGCUUCACUGCGCAAAACUAUGUUGGAUGAAUGUAAAGGCGACAAGUUCGUGGAGAUGCUUUUCUUCUUUUCCACGGCAGUACUGAAGAGGAAGCUGGACGACACGUCGCGGAACCAGUCGCAUAUGAGUAUUGCAAGAAAGAUCUCCGUGGCCUCAAGUCUCAGAGGUCCGGAAGAGCAGAUACAGCUUGUCCCACUACUAAUUGCUCACGCAUCGUCAAUAAGUACGAUUCUCAAAAAGAGGACUUCGAAUACGGUCCUAUACUCCGAGGUCAACGAGCUCCUACAGAUCACGUCACUCGACAUUACUGAGAAAGAUCGAAGGUAUCAAGCUAUCGCAAGCCAGACGGCAGGUGCUGAUGGCGGUAUCCUGGCGUCAGAAGCAGCCAGAAAGCAAUUACAAGACAAUUGGGUUGCCAAUCAAAAGUGGCUGGAGGUAGUGAUCAAUGGUGAUGAAAAGCAGGGCGAUGACGACAUCCUUAGUGGCUCAUACAAUAACUUCCUCCAACACAUUCAAACAGGCAACCAACAAAGCAAGAGAGGGACGAAGACUGGCUUGAUUGAGGAUUUAGAGGGUCGCAUCAGGAUUCAGGAGCGACGUCUUCGCCGGUGGGAUGACUUUCAACAGAGGUUCAAAACUGCAAACGAACCAGAUACCAUCCUAGAAUCAAAAACCAGUGCGAGGCCGCUUAGACAACCUUUGAGUAUUCAGUUCAGUGAGCAUGAGUGUCUGCGUCCAGGACAGAGUGGUGCUCCGACCUCUCCGAAACCAGCCUUCCAUCGCAUACUAGAUUACCGUAAUGUAGUGGAUGCGACACUGGAAGAACUUGAAGCUAUGUCCUCUCGAAAAGAACGCCCGAGAAAACCAGUCUCAGCAAACGCAGUGCGAAAUGCAUCUGGCAGGCCAGUAUCACAAGGGCCUAUCCCAGAUGAAGCGAGCAACACGACCAGUGACGUGUCCAGUGCUUCUCAGAGGCCUCGAAGGCAGACUUCGCAACAGAAGCUGCCGCCUACGACCUCGCAGAGACUUGAUUCAAGUAGUGAGAAGCUAGCGCUACUAGAGGUAGAGUCUGAUCCAUCUAUCACUGCCAGCGCAUCUGUUCACUGCAGUAAUCGGAUAGACAUGCAAUCUCUAUCGACUAUAAUGCCAGAAAUACGAGACACUAGCACAGUUGUGGAGGCCAUGCCUACACUCGCCGAACAAAUCGUAACUUCUGUAACUGACGCGUCCCCAUCCCCCGUCAAGCGAGAACCGCGCCUAUCCCUAGUUGAUAGGACCAGAUUGUCUAUGGCUGCACAUACCUUCGGCCCCAGCACACUGAUGUCCGUUACCGAAUCACCCGAUCUGCCGUCUCCUGUUCCACCCAUGCCAGAAAUUCCAGACGAUCGGGCGAACCGGCGUACAACGCUCCUCGAGCGUACACGUCAGUCAAUGAGUCUCGCAGCAACAAAGCCGAAGCCUCGCCAGUCGAUGAAUAAGAAGCGCCAGUCCUUGUUUCCUGUUAACCAAUUCGAGACACCCAGAAAGACGACCUGGUCUCUCGAAGAAGAAAAACCUGCGGAAGAAGAGGUGACGCUUGAAGAUGCAGACUACGACAACAUAUUCAAAAGCAGGCCUAAGAUUGCACACAGCCCCGCGCCGUCUCCAAGCUUCAUCGAGGAUACAUCCGCUAUUGGAGGCGAAGAGUGGGAGAGUUCCCCGCUGCGUAGAUUCCAGAAGACUGGUGACGCAUGA